UUGCAUUGCAGAUUUGUUUGUCAUUCAAAAUUACGCUUUAUUCACAAAAACAACUUUUUUUUUGGAGUUAAGAUAUCCGAGCAAAUCGAGCAUUCACCAUGGUUGUACCGUCCAACACAGCCCGGGAUGCAGUGCUAGAGCUGAUCAAGCAGAAAGACUCGAUCGAGCAGAGAAUCAACGAUCAGGGCAGAAUCCUCGAAGUGAAUCAUGUCGGAAUGAACGAUCCGCUGGUGGACGAAUCCGGCUAUCCCCGCAACGACAUAGACGUCUAUCAGGUGCGCCAAGCUCGGCAUAAAAUUAUAUGCUUGCAGAAUGAUCUGAAGGCAUUGAUGCGACAGAUCGAGGAAGGAUUGCAUACGGUGCACGCGGAAACGGCGGCUCAAAAGGAGAGUCUCGGUUCCAGCAAGAUGCAAGGAAUGGACAUUGAUGGGGAUGGUGAGGAUGAUGGAGGGAAUAGCAGUGGAUUAGGAUCGACCAUAAAUAGGCGGCGUUUGUCGGCGAUGAAGUCCAUUGCAAAAGUUAACGUAGUCAGCGAUGGAUCACCCGCCCAAAGUGCGGGCAUUGCAAUGCGCGAUGAAAUCGUCGAAUUUGGAACCGUCAAUGCGUCUAACUUUCGUGACCUGUCCCAAAUUGCGGUGGUUGCCCGCGAUUGUGCAAACAAAUCCAUUCCGGUUAUUGUUCGUCGCGAAGGAAAACUGCUGGAUCUAGUGCUCACACCAAAAACAUGGAGCGGACGUGGUUUGCUGGGCUGCAAUAUUGUUCCUUUCGAGACUACCCAGAUUGAACGCUAGAGAGAGAAAGAGGGGUUCUGUUCUCAACUAUUUCUUCGCCGGAAACUUCGCCGCGAUGUAGUAACUAAAUCUUAACUUUAUUUGUUCUUCAUAUUUUCAUGUUUUUCUCUUCAUGGUAUGCAACUACAAUGUAUUUGUUUUUUCCUUGUUUUGUAAACCAAGUUGAGCGGAAAUAAAAUGGGAUCAGACUAUGUGUUGUCUAAGGAAA